GAUAUGAAUAACCCAGUCAGAUGCUUGGAUAGGUGAGCGCUACUACAAUGUCUGAGCUCAGAGUUUAAAUAAGAACUACCUUAAACAGCAUUUAUGACACUUUUAACUGUCCGACAACUUCAUAAGCGCAAACGAAAAUAGAUUUUAGUUAUUUAAUGAGUCGCUAACAUUUGUCUCACACGCGUUAUUACAUUAUUUGUGUUGAGAAACCUUCAUUCGUAAUGUUGGCAUCGGUGUUUUUCCACCAUUGGGAAUUGUAGGUGUUCACUUCGCCUUUUUAGCUAAAUGACAUGGGAUUUAGCGGUGUUCUGGCGUGGGACGUCGGGUCUCCUUCAGCUGAAAAGUCUUGAAUCGGUUCUAAUACUGGGCUGCAACACAUAUUUUCAAAAAGCAUGGAGUCUGUUGGGAAGUUUGAGUUCAGCAGGAAGGACUUAAUUGGUCAUGGUGCCUUUGCAGUCGUGUUCAAAGGCAGACACAAAGAGAAACACAGUUGGGAAGUUGCUGUAAAGUGUAUCAAUAAGAAAAACCUUGCCAAGUCCCAAUCUUUGCUAGGAAAAGAAAUCAAGAUAUUAAAGGAACUAAAGCAUGGGAAUAUUGUAAGACUACUAGACUAUCAGGAAAUUGGAGGAUGCGUGUAUCUUGUCAUGGAGUAUUGCAAUGGGGGGGACCUGGCAGAAUAUCUUCACUCAAAAGGCACUCUUAGUGAGGACACGAUCCGAAUCUUCCUGCAACAGAUUGCCCAGGCCAUGAAAGUUCUGCAAAGCAAAGGCAUCCUUCACAGAGACCUGAAACCCCAAAAUAUUUUACUCUGCCACCCAGAGGGGCGCAAGUCCAGUUCUAUCAAUGCCAGCAUUAAAAUAGCUGACUUCGGGUUUGCACGGCAUCUCCAGACAAACAUGAUGGCUGCCACGCUGUGCGGCUCUCCUAUGUACAUGGCUCCUGAGGUCAUCAUGUCACAGAAUUAUGAUGCCAAAGCCGACCUGUGGAGCAUUGGUACCAUCAUGUACCAGUGUCUGACAGGAAAAGCACCGUUUCAUGCCAGCUCUCCACAGGAACUCCGUCUUUUCUAUGAAAGCAACACAACACUGUUACCCAGUAUCCCUAAGGAAACUUCUCCUAACCUAAGACACCUGCUGUUGGGGCUUUUGCAACGAAACCACAAAGAACGAAUCACUUUUGAUGAAUUCUUCCACCAUCCUUUCUUGGAGACAAGCACAUCCACAAAGAAAUGUUUGCUUGUGGCACCAAUUUCCUAUCUCACCUCUGCUUCUGGAAGCUCUUCCAGCAGCUCCUCCACAUCCCAGCUGGCCUCACCUCAAUGCUCUGACGGAGAGACGCACCAGCCCAAAGAGAUGCACUCACCCGCAGAAGACACUGCAGGCUCCCUUCUAAAAGAAAAAGCCAAUCCAGACAUCAGAAACACACUGUCAUACGCAGAGGAUUAUGUCAUGGUGCCAGCCCAGUAUCUUAGUGAAUACACAUAUGAGAUGGAAUCAACCAAUGAAAGCUGUCUAAUGUGUAGUGGGAGCCCAAGACCGACUGUGAGAGUUACUGGAACCACUAGAAGGGCAUCAAACCCUUCUCUUUUGCAUUCUCCCCCCAAGCCUUGUGGCAGUCCUGUUAAACUUGAUGGCCCAGCCCGCAGCAAGUCUGUACCCAUUCCUGUCCCGACUCAGAUCCAGAACUACCAGCGUAUGAACCAGAACCUGCAACAUGCAGGCAUGCAUGGCUCCACAAGGGCAAUGGCGUGUUGCACUUUGGGAAGCAGAGGAAGCCGCGUAGACUGUGGAAUGCGUAGAGCUUCAGCUCCGGCCAUCGCCUCUUUCGCUACAGCCAACUUCUCAAAUGUGAUCCCUGGAGGUCAGAUACAGCUGUCUUCCCCACUAGUUGGACAAAUCCCAAAGACUUUAGAACAGAAUUUUCCUCUCAGCUCAAGAACUGAACUCUUAUCUGUGUUUCCUGAUGUACAAGUCACCACCAACCCCAAGCACCUGGAUCAACCUAAAAAGCUAAACUGGACCGAGACGGUCCCAGACCUGCAAGGCCUUUACAAAUUUCCUGCCUUCCAGACCAACAUCGACCACAAGUCAAUGCAUAAAAAAGGCCCUUUUAAAAGAUCUCUGAGCACUGGAAGGUUAUCUGACAUGCUGCUGAAGGCGGCCUUUGGUGCCAACCUUUUUGAGGAGGAAAGUGAUGAAAGCUUCGGGACUGACAAAAGUAUGGAUCCAACAGCUCCACCUACUGGAAGUUACAAAUGCUUUCAGUUCUCAGACAGCCCCCCUCCUGUAGUCUUCACCAUGGGCUCUCCUUCCCAGGGAACCACUCCUCCUGAUGCCAAGGUAUCGAGGAUGUUUUCAGGCUCACCCAGUCAUAUCAAUUCAGCCUGGCUACUUAACAGUCGUACCCCCCCACGAGGAGCCCGGAGAAACAGUGAAACUGAUGCCAUGGAUACAAUUCUGCACAGAAACAGUUUGUUCCACCUUCCAGGACUCCCUGAAGAUACCCUCAUGGAGGAGGCUCAUUUGGAUGCCCUGAGUGACUUGCGUUUCACCUUGGCUUUUGUCCACUGCAUCAUGGAGCUGGCUUCUUCAAAGGAUCCCGAGCUGGAAGCCUGCAGUUCAGAUAUUUCCUUUCUGCAGAAGAGUUUGGUGACAGAUCAAAUCAGCCUCCUGAGUAAAGAAUGGAGCUUUGCAGAACAGUUAGUUUUAUACAUGAAAGCUGAGGAGUUUCUGUCAUCAGCACUGCACACCGCCAAGGAAAAUAUUAAACAAGGCCAACUCCAGCCCUCUUCUAUUGUCAAACAAGUGAUCAGGAAGCUGAACGACUUGUACAAGAGCUGUGUGAGUUUCUGUCGCUCCCUGAAUGAUCGACUGCAGACCUUCCUACUUGACAAACAGAAGCUUAUGGACCGCUUCGGUGGUUUGACAGCAGAGAAGCUCAUCUACAGCCACACUGUGCACAUGGUACAGUCGACCGCUUUAGAUGAGAUGUUCCACUAUGGUACAUCCUCAGUCCAGCGCUACAACAAAGCUCUUUUGCUGAUGGAGGGUUUGUCCAGAAUUCUUACAGAGCAAAGAGAUAUUGACAGCAUUGAUAAAUGUAAGGAGUGUAUCGAGAAACGUAUCUCAGCUUUGCAGACAUAAGAGUCUGUUGUGAGCUUCACAGCUGCAUCCAUAGUAACAGGAGUACCUUGUAUCAUCCAUUACUUUGGAAUGUGGAAAGAUACUUCAAAACAAAAGCACUUUGAUCUCCUCUUGGAGAAACGACCACUGAAGGAUCUACUCUUGCCUUAUCCCUACAAGACUGUAACUGCAUUAAACGUGCACAAAAACAUGACAAUUCUGUUUUGUACCAGUGUUCAUGAAUGUUGAAGUACAUUAAUUUAAUGAAUGGUUCUCAGUAUUUGCUUUGUUACAGAAUGUGUUAUUGUGUUUUGUUGUGUUUUGCACCUAAAAUGAUCAGAGCGACUAAUGAGAUUAUGUCAUACUUGAAAAAAGGCUGAGGCUUUUGUUUUGUUGUUUUAUAUGUUUUAAAAGUUCAGUCAACAACACACGUUUUUUAUAAAAUGACCAAAUAUUGCCAGUGGGUAGCAUCAUCAGAAAAACUGUGCCUCCUUUACAUUAUUUCAUUGCAGCAGACAAUGAAUUGUAAAAGUCGUGAAACUAUGUUCUGAUCUCUGACAGAACAUUUUCUUUGCCUGUCAGUCUUAAGACACAAAUAUUGCACAGAGCAAUAAAAAUACUUUGAUAUGAAUUAAAAUUAGGUAGAAUAAAGUCAUGUCCAUUAAUUCCUUAGGUAGUAAUGCUCUCAGUCAUGAGGAACUGCAUGUUUAUACACCAUUUGAGGCAUUUUGGUUUUUUUUUAACUUGUCCUUUGAAAAAUGUUUAGAUUAACCAUUUUCAGAUGCAUUUUCUUAUAAUUGCUUGAUUACAUGUUGCAUUUAUCUGUGAAAUUAUAUUAUUUGGUAGUUUUUUUAGAUUUAAAACAGCCAAAUUGAUGAAUAUGGUUGUAGUACAACGUGUGAUGAAAAUAAAUGUUAUUUAUUGCCAAAA